AUGAGUUCUGUCAUUAGUCUGGCAGCAGGGAACGUCGCUCGACUAGGAACCUGCUCUAACAGCUCUGUGUCUAGGGGCGAUAACAAAGAUCGACAUUGCUCUUGGAUUAUAAAUGGAAAUAAAGACGUAACUGAUGGAAGCCGUAACUGCUUCUCUACUGCAGAUGAGGUUACUAAGCCAAGUCGUUUGACAGUGAUUCUGAAACACAGAUAUUAUAUUCACAAAGUGGUCAUCUACGGACGUAGUAACGAUCUAGACAGAAUGCCGCAGAUUCAAGUCUUCUUCGAUGGUGUACCAGUCUAUAAUGUCAGCGAAAAAAGUAAUGUCACCAUUUGGAAAAUACCAGAAAACUCCCGUCGAUAUGCAAAAAAUGUUCUUCUACAUAAAGAUAAUACAACAACGUACAGGGACAUAAGCUUGUGCGAGGUGGAGAUUUACACGUGCAAUGAAGGGUUUUUUGGUCCACGUUGUGACAGACCGUGUGGUGCCAGGAGGUGCAAAGAGUGCAAUGGCGCUUGCCUAGUGAACGUCGCUCCACUAGGAACCUGCUCUAACAGCUCGAUGAGUUCACAUUCUGAUUUUGCGGGCAGCACCUGCAAUUUGUAUAUAAAUGGAAAUACGACAACAUUUUUUUCUAAAAAAGUAAAUUGCUUCGAAACUGGCAACCAGAAGAACCCUGAGUCUGUCAGCGUGACUCUGAGACACAAAUAUGCCAUUCACAGUGUGGUCCUCUACUCACGUGCUGAUUGGCAAAACAGAAUGAGGGGUGUUGAAGUCCACCUCGAUGGUUUUUCAGUCUAUAAAGUCAGCGACGCAGAUGAGGAAACGAUCAUCUACGUGAAUAACUUAAAUCUUCGAGAGGCAAGCACUGUUACUCUCGUUAGAAGAAACGAAAGCACAAGGUAUGAUCGGCCGAUGAUAAACUUGUGCGAGUUGGAGAUUUACACGUGCGGUAAAGGGUUUUUUGGUCCAAGUUGUGAUCGACCAUGUGAUGACAAGUGCGCAGAGUGCAAAGAAAAGGAGAAAUGCCUCGAAUGUUAUGAGGGAUUUUGGGGAACAAACCUCUGCCCCAACAAAUGUGGUCAAGGGUGUGAGUCCGGCAAUUGCAGCAUCGCAAACGGAACCUGUCAAUGUCGAAAAACACAGGGACAACACUGGGAGCCUUCAAAUUGUGAAAAUUGCAGUGUCGGGUACUGGGGAGACAACUGCAGUCAGCCCUGUGGACAAGGAUGUAAAGGCUCUUGCAACAAGACGAAUAGGCAGUGUGAGUGUCAACCAGGCUGGCAACCUCCAAAGUGUGAAGGAUGCUCAAAGGAUUAUUGGGGUGCGAACUGUUCACAAGAGUGUAGUAAGACAUGUAGUGGAACAGACCAGGAAGGCUACUGCGAUAAUACCACUGGUAAAUGUUUAAAAGGUUGCAGUGCGGGUUACUGGGGAGACAACUGCAGUGAGACAUGUGGACCAGGAUGUGGAAACACAUGCAACGCUAAGGAUGGGACGUGUUAUUGUCGUCAAGGCUGGAAACCUCCAAAGUGUGAAGUACCAUCAUGCACUUGUGGAGGAGCAGAAUGUGAAGCAGACAACAAAUACGUGUUCUCCGAGCUUUCCCGUAAAAUAAACGUCGCAGUUGGUAAAAACUCUAUUGCAAGUACAACUCUAAAGGAACCUAAACCUGUUUCUGGUCCGGCUUGUCUUGCUAAUAAUGGCAAGACAGAGUCAACCAUGGUACCCAUACCUUCAAGUGCUCCCGAAUGCAUGUCCACUGCUGAAGGUGAUCUUAAACCUUUCUGGCAAGUCGACCUGGGGGAGCAGUAUGUAGUUGCUGGAAUCCUAAUUGAGUGGGACAAUCAGAUGAAAUCUCUAUUUGGAAUCAGAGUGCUUCUAGAUGGUAAACAGCUUUACUAUUCCGAGAAACCAAUGACGAACCCAACUGAGCUGGCUGCAAAUGAUCUCGGUCAAGUUGUGAAGCUGCAGCGAGAAAAAUUUCAGGACAACAAAGAGUGGGACGAUCCACUAUUAAGGAUUUGUGAAGUUGAAGUUUACACCUGUCGGCCAGGAUAUUACGGACAUGACUGUCAAGGAAUCUGCGAAAGGCCAGUCUGUGAUAAUUUACAGAUUUGCAGUCGCAUUGACGGGUCCUGCCCAAAGGACGCCCCAGUUGAAGAGCUUGACUGUUCGAAACUGAUCAUUGUGGCGGGCUGCUUUGUCCACGUUCUCGUCGUCGCACUCUGCAUUCUUGCUGCAAAGGUUCUUCCGAGAAAGAAGAGGUCUGGCACUAAACCAGGGAAGCACCAAACAGAUACAGACCAAACUAAAAGUGAUGAUGAAAAUAAAGAAGAUAAAGGUGAUGAUAAAGGUGAACAAAGUAGUCAAGGCGGUGAAGAAGAAAAAGAGGAAGAAGCUGAAGCUGUCGAAGAAGCUGAAUCUCAGAUGUAGAAGCGAUGGUACAAUCCGUUAAGUCC